UGCUAAGUGCUAGUACCACUUAAGUACUUGGAAGGAUCGACAAAGUAGAAGAUCCCACAGUAGCCCGCUCUCCUCUGUGUCUUUUAUUGCAUGACAGGCUCAUCCACCUUUGGGGUCGUGGUUAAAAUCGAGGAUGGACUCGAAGAAACUGGUGUUCAAUUCCAGCCGGUUAGUAACGAGCCCAACAAUGCCUCGAUCAAAGACGACGGGGGAGGUCUGCUCGUUCCUCAGGAGGACAAGUCCAGAGUAGAAGUAAGGCUCCCUAAACGUCGCAGAAUGCUGGUCCCUUCUGUCGUCAUACCAACACUUCCCCUUGCACUGAGGCUCGCAAAACAUGAAGAUUACAAGAAGCUGAAAAAAAUGAUAAACCCAAAAGUCAAGAAAAAAAAGGGAGUCGUGCGCCUAAGCGAGGAUUCUAUUCGGGCACGUCUCAAUCCCAUCGGUCUUGACCUCUUUCCUAUCCCACUGCCGCCCACAACAUCCAAUGUCGGCUUUCCCAGAGACUUCAUAUCCACACAUUAUGGAGGCAAUACUCAGUCUACCUUUCCGAGCAUCGGCAAACAUUUUAUCGACCUCCAUGGUGAUAUCGACUACAUGUACUUAAACCUUUGUUAUAAUCCUCAUGCACCGCAAGUACCGGGCGCUCCUGGUUUGUUCUAUGGAUGGUCGGGAGACAGCACCAUGACUUUCCGGAUCAUCUCCCGCACCGAGUCCAGUGAGUGGACUUAUGUGGGUGAAUACAAGACGGGUCCGUGUGCACCUCUGACAGUGCAGGAAUGGAACUCACAAGAGAGAGUGGUCAAGAUGACUUGGGCACAAGGUAUUCUGACGAAGAAGUGGGGUGUAGACACGAGAGCCAAGAUACGUCUACGGGAGCGCUUGCGUCGAGAACCUACGGAGGAAGAGAUAGAUGAUGCUAUAGACGCUGGAGAGAAGUUUCAAGAUGUGACCAUUGAAGAAGUUCUGGAUGAGUACAGUUCUGGCCGAAAGAUUCUUCAUAUAUCCACGCUGAAGUGUUUCGAAUACGAUGCAGGAUUUCAACGAUUUCUUGUAGACAAAUUCCCAUCUUACGUUCCCAAACCUCGGGCAACAAAGGGUUCCAAGAAACAAGCGGACACAGGACCGACCACUCCAUCUCGUGCCAAAAAGAGCAGUAAUACUAAAAAUGACAUAGUUGUGAAGACAGGAGAGAAGCGCAAACGUCGGGAUCGGAGACGAGCUCAUGAUGAUGAUGAGGACGAAGAUGAAGUGGAAGAGUUUGAGGAACUGGUUUAUCGGCCGAGAGGGACACGUUCACGGCCCGGCCACGGGCCGCCCAAAGGAAAUAAUUUGAAUUCCGAGUGAAGGAUAAGAUAGUGUCAAAAUGCUGAUCUAAUCUAUUCACUUUCAUUACUGG